AUGUCAGUCGUCAAUGUCACGAAUACAAGCGUCCCAGAUCGCGGUCCGGCAGUCUUUGCCGUGACAAUCGCAACAUUCGUAUUAGCGAGUGUUAUGGUGGCCGCCCGACUCUUCUGCAGACGCUUCAUUGUUAGAAAUGUCAGCUGGGACGACAAGACCAUGUUUCUGGCAUGGCUCAUUGCUUUCGGAUUGUCUUUCACCAUUUGCUUCGGUACCACCAGAGGUCUUGGCCGCUAUGAUAAGGAUAUUGCGGGGGAUCAUUGGCAUUCAUUACGAGCGUGCGAAUAUGUCUUUUCAAUCCUCUAUAAUCCCGCUCUCAUGGCCACCAAGACCGCUGUCCUGAUAUUCUAUUUGCGCCUUUCCAAAAACACCAAAAAGGUCCUGAGAUUCGCGUCCUGGGUUACUCUGGGUAUCGUGAACCUCGCUGGCACCGUACUCACACUCAUCAACAUUUUUCAGUGCCGACCAGUUCAGGCAGCGUGGGAGGUGGGCAGGGAUACCUCGCAAUGUAUACCGCUUCUCACCGAGUUCAUUUGCUCCGCGCCGAUCAACAUCGUUACCGAUUUGGCCAUUCUGGCCCUGCCGAUUCCCGUCUUGACCGGCAUGAGAUUGCCCCCGAGGCAGAAGAUCAUCCUCGUCCUCACGUUCACCCUCGGUAUCUUCGUCACAAUCGUUGACGUCGUUCGGAUCUACUACUUGCAACAAGCCGUCACAUCUGUUCCGACCGGUGUAUCGACCGACCCAGCCUCCCAUUUUGGCGGUACCCCAAACUUCGCCUGGAACUCGUCCUUAUCCUUUAUGUGGUCGGCCGUGGAGGUGAAUGUGGGAAUGUCUUGCGCUUGUAUCCCGACUCUGAAGCCCCUCAUCAUCAAGAUCCUCCCGGCCAUGAUCAUCGAUCCCGAUGGCACUCGCUCGAGCACCCAGACUGAGAAGGACAUCCUGGACAGCCCAAGGAACCGCACAGGUAGCGAUGGUCUCGUGUCACCCACGACCAACCCGAACCGUGGCAGCGUCAGCAUCAGCAUCCAGCAGCCGGCAGCCGCCGCGCGUGCUAGCCGCGAUUUCAGCGGGGCUGUGAACCCCACGGCAAACACGGACGAAAAUGGAAUGACCGCGCUCGAGUUCCUGACAACACCUGACAUGACCCUGGAGCAAUUCGAAGCAUCAAACGCAGGGAGGUUGGGCGGAAUCCGGACAAGGACCUCCAUGGCUACCAGUAGGGAAAACACCAUUUACUUCGGCUUCGUCAACAUGAGACGGCCCAAAAGCAUGGUCAAAUGCGAUUCUCAGGAGUCGUUCCGAUACUGCCUUGUGGUCACCAUUCUGUUUCUCAUGUGGGGUAUCUCAUAUGGCCUGCUCAACACACUCAACAACGUCAUUUCAAGCGUAUCAAAUAUGUCUGUAGCUCAGACACUGGGUCUCACAACCGCCUAUUUCGGGGGUGGCUACUUCCUUGGUCCCCUGGUUGUGGGUGAGUGGAUUCUGAGACGAGACGAGCACCACCGAAGAAAUCGAAAGAACAGCCGCCGUGAGCCGGACAGCGUUGGAGGCUUUAAGGUUACUUUCAUCGUUGGGCUCUGCUUCUACGGCGUUGGAACAAUCAUCUUUUGGCCGUCCGCCGUCACCAAGUCUUGGGGCGGUUUCUUGCUCAGCAACUUCGUCGUCGGAUUCGGUCUGUCAGUAUUGGAAACCGGCGCUAAUGCCUUCCUCAUUCUCUGCGGGCCACCGGAAUACGGCGAGACCCGACUUCUCCUUGCCCAAGGUGUUCAGGGCAUCGGUGCGGUCCUCAGCGGACUGAUGGCCCAAAGGGUCUUCUUCACCAAGAUCACGAACCAAAAUAACUCCAGUGAUAACUCCACAACCCUACUAAACGUCCAAUGGACAUACCUCGCUAUCACACUACUUUGCGUUGCUCUUGGGCUCUUCUUUUACUACAUGCCCCUGCCAGAGCUGAACGACAACGAAUUACAAGAAACCGCUGAACGCAUCCCAGUUGAUGUCCAGAAGCGCAGCAUCGGCGGGUUGCAGCUCCGAACGUGGAGUUUAAUCUUUGCCGUCCUUGCUCAGUGGACAUAUGUCGCUUGCCAGGAGUGCAAUAAUAUCUUUUUCCGCACGCUCCUCAUCGCGAUCCUUCCCAACCAGGAGGAUGCGGGAUCUGCUGCGACAAACGCGGACACAAACCCAGGGGAGAAUAGCGACAAACCACCUGGUCUAACCCUCGGGGUGACCGACUAUCACCUGGUCGCCCACAGCGUCUUCGCAAUUUCUCGGUUCAUCGUCGCGUACCUGACUUACAUGUCUGUACGAAACCCCCGUAUGCCGAAACCCAGAACGUGGCUGUCCAUCAGCGUUGGGCUUGCCCUCCUUUUCGCGCUUCUUACUGUCGUGUUGAAGCCGAAGGACCCCAACCUCCUGCUCAUCCCGGUGAUACUCUUCUACUUCGCCGAGGGGCCCAUCUGGCCGCUAAUCUUCGCCAUCGGUUUGCGGGGUCAAGGCCGCCGCACUAAGCGCGCCGCAGCAUUUAUCACCAUGGGAGGCUCUGGCGCGGCCUUCUUCCCCUACGUCGUGUACGCCAUUAUCAACCACGGAGCCACGGUACAGCUAUCGUUCGUCCUCAUCGUGGCGUUACUGGUGCUUACAGCCUUUUACCCAAUCUGGCUCGAGUCUCUCAGGGACGCCAGGACGAUGACGGAUCCCGCCCAUUCGGUGGUCACCGCGGAGGAGCGUCAAGCCCACGCGGACGAAAUCGACAUGAACCGCGAAGUCAGAAGACGGCGUAGAACCCUAUCUACUAUUGCAGCGAAAAGCAAGCGCGGCAGCAUCUUUAGCAAAAUCUCCCACUUGGGCAGACCCAACGGAGAAAGCGUCACUCCCCCGGCCGUGGAGCAUUCUGAAGAAAAGAACUCCAACAACUCGUCCGAGGCGAGCAAUGACACGCGGUCCCAGACCGUAUGA